CGUCACGACGCGGUCGUCCUUUCUAGAAAAAAAAAAUGGCUGCUGUUGACAUCGACGUGCCGGUGGAUGCUGAAGCUCAGCUUCACAAUGCGGGCGAAUUAGAACGUCAGGCUGAAGGCUUCAAGGAGCAAGGCAAUGCGUUCUACAGCAAGAAAGACUACUCGGAGGCCUUCAAUUUCUACACCAAGGCAAUUGACUCAUGUCCCACAAACGCCAGCUAUUACGGCAACAGGGCAGCCACACUCAUGAUGCUCUGCCGCUUCCGGGAAGCGCUGGAAGAUUCCCAGCAGGCCGUGCGCUUGGAUGACUGCUUCAUGAAAGGUCAUUUACGUGAGGGCAAGUGCCACCUGUCUCUGGGCAACGCCAUGGCUGCCGCACGCUGCUUCCAGAAGGUUCUGGAUCUGGAGCCCAGUAAUCGAGAGGCACAACAAGAGAACAAGAAUGCAGAAACUCUGCUAGAGUUUGAGCGCUUGGCGGAUUUUGGCUUUGAAAAACGAGACUUCAGAAAGGUGGUGUAUUGUAUGGACCGGGCCUUGGCUCUGGCGUCCGCCUGCCAUCGCUUCAAAAUCCUCAAGGCAGAAUGUUUGGCUCUGCUGGGACGCUACCCGGAGGCUCAGUCCGUCGCCAGUGAUAUCUUGAGGUUGGACUCCACGAACGCAGACGCGCUUUACGUGCGAGGCUUGUGUCUUUACUACGAGGACUGCAUCGAUAAGGCCGUGCAGUUCUUCGUGCAGGCUCUGCGCAUGGCGCCCGACCACGAGAAAGCCCGGCUCGCCUGCAGAAAUGCCAAAGCCUUGAAAUCCAAGAAGGAGGAAGGAAAUCUGACAUUUAAGAACCACAGCUAUGAAGCCGCCUAUCAGCUGUAUAGCGAAGCCCUCAGGAUAGAUCCCAACAACAUCAAGACCAACGCCAAACUCUACUGCAACAGAGCCGCAGCAGGAGCCAAGAUGAAUAAACCCAGUCAGGCCAUCGAAGACUGCACCAGUGCCAUCAAGCUGGACGACACUUACAUCAAGGCCUACUUGAGGAGAGCGCAGUGCUACAUGCACACAGAACAGUACGAAGAGGCUGUCCGAGACUACGAUAAAGUAUACCAGACUGAAAAAACUUCAGACCACAAGCAUCUGCUGAAGACGGCCAAGUUGGAGCUGAAGAAGAGCAAGAGGAAAGAUUACUACAAGGUCCUGGGAGUGGGCAAGAACGCCACCGAUGACGAAAUAAAAAAAGCUUACCGCAAACGGGCCAUGAUGCACCACCCAGACCGCCACAGUGCGGCCGCCCCCGAGGUGCAAAAGGAAGAGGAGAAGAAAUUCAAAGAAGUGGGCGAGGCCUUCACCGUUUUGUCAGACCCUAAAAAGAAGACCCGAUACGACAACGGGCACGACCUCGGUGAUGACGGAAAUUUCGAAGGCGGAGACGUCGAUGCAAACAACAUCUUCAGGGCUUUCUUCGGUGGUCAAGGAUUUACUUUUGAAUCCAAUGCAGGUUCUGCACCUGGAAAUAUGUUCUUCCAGUUUGGCUAAGAGAACUGAAUAAUGCAGCUCUUUAGUGUACAACCUCAAGAUGGAUCCACAGUCAGCUCAAAACUCACCUGUUCUUCAAAACUUUUGAAUUCUGUUCAUAUGAUAACAAAAUUAAAACAAUGCUGUUCAUUUAAGCCAUCAGAUCAUGCUGCUAUUUCAAAAGUUAAAGUUAAAAGUCCCAAUGAUCGUCACACACACAUCUGGGUGUGGUGAAAUUUCUCCUUUGCAUUCAACCCAUCCCCAUGUGAUUUUGAUCCAUCCCCUGGGGGAGAGGGGAGCAGUGAGCAGCAGCGGUGCCGCGCUCAGGAAUCAUUUAAAGUUAAGUUAAAAACAUUUGGUGAUCUAACCCCGCAAUUCCAACCCUUAAUGCUGAGUGCCAAGCAGGGAGGCAAUGGGUCCCAUUUAUAUAGUAUUUGGUAUGACCCGGCCGGGGUUUGUACCCACAACCUUCCAGUCUCAGGGCGGACACUCUACCACUAGGUCACUGAGCUGGAGCCAAGUGAUUCCUAUGUUGUGCUCCUGGAAAUAAUCCGAUUUGAUUGGUUUUAGAUAUUAAGUCGUUAUUUUUGUUUUUCUAUUUGUCCUCAUGGGAUGAGCUGUCAAUAUUAGACCUCAGGACAUCCUAACAAAUUGUCUCAUCUCUAGUCAGGCUUCUCCCUCUCCUCCAUCUUGCUGCAAUGUAUAUUUCACAUGAAUGUAAAGUUCAUAAAUGUUUCUUUUCCCUCCCUCUA